CAAAGUUCAACUCCACCCACAAAAAUUGCAAAUCUUCCCCUUCGAUUUUCUUCAGUUUCCUUUAGUGAGAAGAAAGCGCAAGAAAAGAAAUGAACACCACAGAUAUCGAAAAAUCCUUAAUCCCUAACCCUAACCCUAACAGAACCAAGGAGGAGAAAGAGGAAGAUGAGGCGGGCUUGCAAGCGAGCAGGAUAUCAAACGCGGUGGCGUUCCCCAUGGUUUUGAAAGCAGCCUUCGAGAUCGGUGUCAUAGACACUAUCUCCGAGGCGGGAGAGGGCGCGUGGCUCUCACCUUCCGAGAUAGCGAGCAGGCUUCCGACCAAACCCACCAACCCACAGGCUCCACUGUUGCUGGAUCGCAUGCUGCGGUUACUCACUAGCUACUCUAUACUGAAGUGCCGUACGGUUCGUACCGGAAACGAUGAGAUUGAAAGGGUAUACGCAACCGAACGUGUUUGUCAAUUCUUUUUGACCGAUAACCAAGACUCUGGUUCUCUUGUCCCUAUGUUCAUGCUCCUCCACAGUGAUGCCUUUAUCAAGACAUGGAAUCAUUUGAAAUAUAUGAUACUAGAUGGAAGAGACGCAUUUACCAACGCUCACGGUACGACAAAGAUCUUCGAACACAUGAGGAGAGAUGAACCGCUAAAUGAUGUAUUUAACCGGGCCAUGGUCGGACAUUCCAUCAUGAUCGUGAAGAAGGCUCUAGAGGUUUACAAAGGGUUCGAAGGGGUGCAGGUGUUAGUCGAUAUGGGAGGAGGGCUUGGUACUACUUUGAGUCUCAUUACCUCAAAGUACCCUAACAUCAAGGGUAUCAACUUCGAUUUAGCAAGAGUUUUAGCCGACGCUCCUUCUUAUCCAGGGGUUGAAAAUGUGGCUGGGGAUAUGUUCGUGGAGGUUCCGAAGGGAGAUGCCAUCUUCAUGAAAUGGAUUCUCCACGAUUGGCCCGACGAAGAUUGCGCCAAAUUUCUUAGAAACUGCUGGAGAGCCCUCCCGGAUAAAGGGAAAGUGAUAGUCGUAGACACGGUUGUUCCGGAAAAUCCUGAAGGCGGAAACGUUUAUUCCAACAUCGCCUUCGAUUUGGACAUGUCGGUGCUGUGUCACUGCUCAGGAGCUAAAGAAAGGACAAGAACCGAGUUUGAAGCUUUGGCUAAGAGAUCGGGUUUCAACCGUUGCGAAUUCAUAUGCCGCGCUUUCUAUUGUUGGGUUAUCGAAUUCCACAAAGAGGCAUAACUAAAGCUUUGAUGAAUGAUAAGUUCGCUUUCUUUUUUUCUAUAAUAUAUCCAUUGAUGACUUCUUCCUUUCAUGUUUCUGUCUCUUUGUGGUUCUUGUUGUUGUCUUUGUCUUUUGGCGGCUUGUAUAAGUAAUAAAAUUAACGACAUAUAUGCUACAAUCUUCAAUGGAA